UUUUUUGUAAACCCGAUUGGUUUUCAUUUACCUCUGAAGGAGGACCUCUGGCCCUUUUUGUUUACCCAUGAUCACCAUUUUUUUUUUUUCUUUCUGUGCGGAGAAAUUUGUUUUCGGUGAGUUUGCGUUGAUUUUGGAAUGUGGCUUUUGGGGUGCAUGGACAGAUAGGCUCUUUUGACGGCCACGUUCCUCUAUAAACACAGCUUAUCUGGGGAAUCCAGAUUUUUUGUCAGUCCCUUUCAUGGAGCAUUUAUCUUAAACCAUCCUUUGAGCUUUUAGCUAAACAUAUUUAUACCCUCUUCAUAAGGAGCUUUAUUUUCGUCAUUAUAUUGUUUGUUUUUGUGUGUUUUUGAUUUGUCCAAGCUUUUGUAGUUCUAUCUAUGGUGCUGCAAUCCCAUCUCUUUUAAAUUUUAUUAUUCUGGACUACCUCUUGAGUAUGGAGAACUCCUGAGAUAGAUAUUGGCUGCACUGCUGGUAUGGUAACUGGCCUUCAAUAAUUGAUCUAUUUCGAGAUUGCAAAAGGUUUCAACGCGAAUCCUUAUUUGAACACUGAUGCGGGAACAAUGUCUCCUUUUGAGCACGGGGAAGUAUUUGUACUUGAUGAUGGCGGUGAGGUGGAUCUCGACCUUGGAAACUACGAGCGGUUCCUAGACAUCGUACUGACCCGAGAUAAUAAUAUCACCACUGGAAAAAUAUAUCAGUCUGUAAUUAAUAAGGAGCGAAAGGGGGAUUAUCUUGGAAGAACUGUGCAGGUUGUCCCACAUAUAACAGAUGCUAUUCAAGAAUGGAUUGAACGCGUAGCAAUGAUCCCAGUGGAUGGGAAAGAAGGUCCAGCUGACGUCUGUGUCAUUGAACUGGGCGGUACCAUAGGGGACAUUGAGUCAAUGCCAUUCAUAGAGGCCCUGGGGCAGUUCUCUUACCGAGUAGGUGCUGGCAACUUUUGCUUGAUACACGUUAGCCUGGUGCCCGUUUUAAAUGUUGUUGGUGAGCAGAAAACAAAACCAACUCAGCACAGUGUUAGGGGACUAAGAAGCCUCGGAUUGAUGCCAAAUAUUUUAGCUUGUCGCAGCACAACGGAACUUGAUGAAAAUGUUAAGGCGAAAAUCUCUCAAUUUUGCCAUGUUCCGGAAGAAAAUAUCAUCUCACUCUAUGACGUGUCCAACAUUUGGCAUGUUCCAUUGCUUUUGAAAGAUCAGAUGGCACACAAUGCAAUCCUGAAAGUGCUGCACCUUCAAGGUGUUGCCCGUGAACCUGUAUUGGAGGAAUGGACAGCUAGGGCUAAACUCUGUGACAUGCUUCAUGAACCUGUCAGAAUUGCCAUGGUUGGAAAGUAUACAGGCCUUUCAGAUUCUUACCUAUCUGUCCUAAAGGCUCUUCUGCAUGCUUGUGUUGCGUGGCGCAGGAAACUUAUUGUCGAUUGGGUUUUGUCCACUGACCUUGAAGAAGCAACUGCUAAAGAGAAUCCCGAUGCAUAUAGUGAAGCUUGGAAUUUGUUGAAGGGUGCAGAUGGUGUGCUUGUUCCUGGAGGGUUUGGUGACAGAGGGGUGCAAGGGAAAAUGCUUGCUGCAAAGUAUGCCCGGGAAAAUGGGAUUCCAUUUUUUGGAAUAUGCCUUGGGAUGCAAAUUGCUGUAAUUGAGUUUGCUCAAUCUGUCCUUGGUUUGCAUGAUGCAAACAGUAUUGAGUUUGAUCCAAACACCCGGAGGCCUUGCGUUAUAUUUAUGCCAGAGGUUUCAAAAACUCAUAUGGGAGGCACCAUGCGGCUUGGAUCUAGGAAAACUUAUUUUCAGGUUGCGGACUGCAUAUCUGCAAAACUGUAUGGUAAUAAGGGCUUCAUUGAGGAGAGACACCGGCAUAGAUAUGAGGUGAAUCCGGAUAUUGUACCACAACUUGAAGAUGCAGGUCUCUUAUUUACUGGCAAAGAUGAAAGUGGGCAACGCAUGGAGAUUGUUGAAUUGGCUAAUCAUCCUUUCUUUGUUGGUGUUCAAUUCCACCCCGAGUUCAAAUCAAGACCAGGGAAGCCUUCUGCUCUUUUCUUAGGUCUUAUAGCAGCGGCAUGUGGGCAGUUGGACGCCUUUUUGAAGAAGCGCGUGAUUAAGUCGAACGCGAUCAGCAAUGGCACAGCAACACUAAAACCUCAUCACUAUGCAAAUGGGGCAGAGAAGACGCCCAACUGGUCGGCACUAGGAGUCGUUUGCAGCAAUGGAAAUGGCGUGCACUGUUAAAGGAGAGUGCGAUUGGUGUUUUGUUUUGGUUUUUAAUUUUUUUUUGGGUUGUCUAGGACUGUCUCUCAUUUUAACUAAAUCUCUCCUCUCCCCGACGAGUCCUACCAUUUUUGCUAGGAGCUAUCUUCGAGUUGGUCUGUACAGACAUACAGUGUGUGGGCAGGUGGUGCUAUAUAAUAGAGUAGAGCUGGAUUCCGGUCUUUUUUGAAAACGGAACAACAGCCUGUUGUA